UAGCUAAUUUAAAAUAAAAUAAAUAUGCGAUCGCAGCCCUUACAAAAAAAGAGCCGUUUUGGAACUGCAGUCGACUGUGGUAUUUUGGACGCAGUAAUUGUAGAAUAACUGCAGUGUCCUGCCUUUAUACCGCACUCUAAACUGCAAAGUUACUGCAGUCAAAUAAACGUUAUUUUGGACGUAGUAUUAGCAGCAUACUGCAGUUAUACAACACAGUAUUUGUAGCAUACUGAAGUUAUACUGCACGCUGACCGCAAUCUUUUUUCGUAAGGUAUUUAGAAUAGCCCAAAAACCUGCAACCCGUGACAUUUUCAUCCACGACAUAAUUUUCUAAGUAGCCCAAUUUGCUAGAAAACCGCGAACAUGGCAACGCGGCUCGCGCACUGUCAGGUGAGGUCUAGUUUUGAGAAAUAUAGAUCGAUCUGAUGGAGCAUGUUCAGAGAGAAGAUGGAACUGACAGAACGGACAGAGCAUGUUGAGAGAAAAGAAAGAGAACUUACAGACCAGACUCUGUGUCUGAGCCAAACAGCUGGACAGGACAUCUCUUAACAGCAGAACAGAGAUGGAAUGACGAGAUAACAACCUGAGAAGCCAUGAGACUUGAGAUCAGUGCCAAUGCUGUGUUUGUGGAGGACACGACGUGUACCACCGAUAUCUGCCAGGGCCAGCUGGGUGACUGUUGGCUUCUGGCUGCCCUGUCCUGCCUUACCAUGCACCCCCAUCUCUUUGUCAAAGUGGUACCACCUAAUCAGAGCCUGACAGAAUCCUAUGCUGGCAUCUUCCACUUCAUGUUCUGGCAGUAUGGUGAGUGGGUGGAGGUGGUAGUAGAUGACAGGCUACCUGUACGCGAGGGCCGCCUGCUCUUCAGCUACUCCUGUACCCGCAACGAGUACUGGAGCGCCCUGGUGGAGAAAGCCUAUGCCAAGCUGAUCGGGUCGUAUGGCAGUCUGAAGGGAGGUAAUAUCUCUGAGGCAAUGGAGGACUUCACAGGCGGCAUAGCCUACUCCCUCCCUGUCUCCUCACGCACCCCAAGGGUCAUGUGGAAAGCCCUCUCUGCUGCCCUGUCCCGUGGCAGCCUGCUCAGCUGCUUCAUACAGGCUAGUAACUACCGUGAGAUAGGCACAGUGACUGCAGAGGGACUGGUGAAGGGCCAUGCCUACGCCAUCACAGACACUGACACGGUGAAGAAGCCGGAUGGUGAGGCCUUGUUGCUACGGCUGAGGAAUCCCUGGGGCUUUGUGGAGUACUCUGGACCCUGGAGUGACAAGAGUAAAGACUGGGACGAUGUGGAUGCUGCUGAAAAGAAAAGGAUUGAGCUGAAAAAGAGUGAGGAUGGAGAAUUCUGGAUGAAUGUGGAGGACUUCACUAGGCUGUUUGACACAGUGGAGCUGUGUAGCGUGAACCCUGAACCCAUAGUGGACGGGGAAACACCCGACUCCCCUGCCGCCCCCACCUCUGCAUGGACACUCAGCUCCCACAAAGGCUCCUGGGUACCGGGCUCCACCGCAGGGGGCAGUCGUAGUUACCGUCGAUCAUUCUGGAAGAAUCCCCAGUUCCAGCUUGUCCUUGCCGAGCAGGACAAGGAAGAAGAUGAUGAUGAUGAUGAUGAGGAUGAAGAGAUGACCCCGGAGGAGAAGAUGGUGGCAGAGAAGCAGAAGAAGAAAGCAAAGCAGUGCACCGUGCUGGUGGAACUACUGCAGAAAGACCGGAGAAAGAGGAAUAAAAUUAACUUUCUCCACAUCGCCUUCCACAUCUACAGGGUUCCUCCAGAGCUCCAGGGCCUGUGUUUGGACCAGAGUUUCUUCUCUAACCAGCACCCUGUGGGGCGCUCUGGGAAGUACCAGCCCCUCAGGGCUGUGUGGAGGAAGGUGAGGCUGGACCCGGGAAACUACGUGAUCCUGGCCUCCACCUACAGGCCCAACGUGCCUGCGGAAUUCUUCCUCCGCGUCUACUCCAAGACUGGCAACAAUCUGGGGACACAAGACUUCACUUGCUCCACUGGCUUCCUCAUGGUAAUGUCAAUGCCACCAGUCUUGCCAGAGGAUCGCAAGAGAGUACAGAAGACCUUUGAUGAGGUGGCGGGCCCGGAUGACAAGCUGAAUGCUAAGGAGUUCAUGAAGCUGGUUAACUCAGUUCUGGAGAAAGACUACCAGCUGCCACUGGAGACAUGCAGACAGCUCAUCUUUGGAGAGGAAACUGGGGGGCGUAGCAGUCUGACCCGAGAGCAGACAGAGCCUGUGCUGGCCUCUCUUCGCAGUCUGCAGUCCAUCUUCUUCAAGUUUGAUCAGGACUCUUCAGGGACUAUGAGCCCCUUUGAGCUUAGUCUGGCCCUCCAGGCUGCUGGUGUGCAGUGUGAUGGCCAGGUCAUACAGCUGCUGUGGGAGAGGUUUGGCUCUGGGGAGCUGCACCUGCCUUUCCAUGGGUUUGUGGCCUGUGUCUCCAGGCUGCGCAAGCUAUUUGUGGCUGCUCCGACUCCUGACCGUGUGAGAGUGCUCUGUAAAGGAGGUUUCUGCGUGGGCACUGCAGGGAAAUUCUAUCUGACCAGGAACAUAUGAUAACAUCAUGCCUCCAUAACAUCAUGCCUCCGCUGGCACAUAUUACACAAUCCAUGUCUCAGUCUCAAGGCUUACAGAUCCUUCUUUAACCUGUCUCCUCCAACUAAUCUACACUCAGUGUAUAUCAGCUAUUUCAGCUAAAUAUUUCCAGUAUUCCUGUUAUAUAUAUUCAGUAUUACAGCCAAGUAUUCAUGUUCCCUCUUUCAUCGUUUGACUUUUAAAUAGUGAAAAUGUAGUUAAACUGUUGAAAAUUAUCAUAAAAUGUAUCCCAAAAUAAAAAUCUGCU